UGGGGCCCACCACCACCCCCAUACUGCCAUACAUACACGAACGUUUGAGUGAGUGAAUAUAUUAUAUAUAUAGUGAGUUUUAUGUAACAAUAGAAUACAAUAGCAAGAUAGUGGGAUGGGUUUAGGAGGAUUGGAUUACGAGGAGGCACGAUCUACUCCGAAGCUGUCUCUGUCUAGGCUUCCAUGCAAGCCAAAGCUCCCCAUACAAAUGCUAACGCCGCCGCUCCACCCCUCGCUUUCCAUCCCUUUUCAAUGGGAGGAGGCGCCCGGAAGGCCUAGGUUCUCAAUUCCCGCCCAUGUCGAGGCCUUGGACCUGCCUCCUAGAUUGCUGCCCGAACUUACCAUAAUGCCCUCGCCCCCCGCCCUCUUCCACGGCCCAUACGCCUCGCUUUUUGCAUGCUGCGACUUCUCCUUCCGCAGAUUUACUGCUUAUUCUUGCGGCGCUUCCAGGAGGAGGAGGUGGAAGGAGGAGAAGGGUAGUUUCCACCUUUCGCAGACGCUGGGAGAUUUUUUCAUGCGUGACAAAAACAAAGUGCAUAAGAUGCCAAGAAUCACAAGAGUUCGGAGCUUGUUCCAUUUCUCCUGCACCCUCAAUUCUAACUUGUUAGACAUUUAUGCACGCUUUAAGCAGGCGAUUCCAUGGCGGCGUAGAAGAUGAAAUUCCUCGCAGACCAUUCAUUAUUAUUGUUAUUAUUUUUUGGCAUUUUAAUUUUGUAUCUCC